UUUGUGGUUAGGAAUGGGGCAAGUGACGUUGAGAGGAAGUAGUAGUGAAAGAAAGGAGAGUGAGAAUGCUGGUUGUAAGGGAGGCAAUGAUUCAGACACAACCACCACAUCUCACACCCUACUACUCAUCAUCUUCACUCCACUCCACUACUUAAAUAUCUCACUCAUUCAUUCCACCAAACCAAACCCUUCCACAAUAUAAUAUUCCUUUACACUUCUUUUUCUUAACCCAUUCUCAUACACUGCACAUACAGAGAUGCGAAACAUGGCCAGCUCCGCUUCUUCACGAGGCAUUGCUGCCAUCGUCGGUGUCGGUCCCAACCUCGGCCUCUCCAUCGCUCGCAAGUUCGCUCACGAGGGCUACACCGUCGCCAUCCUCGCUCGUGACCUGGGGCGGUUGUCGAGAUUCGCCGACGAAAUAGCCAGGGAAGAGAAGGCGCAGGUUUUCGCCAUUAGAAUAGACUGUUCCGAUUCCCGAAGCGUGAGAGAGGCAUUCGAGGGAGUGCUGUCUCUGGGAUUCGUCGAAAUUCUCGUUUACAAUGCAUACCAACCCCUAUCUUCUUACCCCACUUCCUUCCAAGACCUUCGCAUCGAUUCCUUCCACAAAUCUCUCGCCGUUUCUUCUGUCGGUGCCUUCCACUGCGCUCAACAGGUGCUGCCCGGAAUGGUUGAAAGAGGAAAGGGAACCCUUCUCUUCACGGGUUGUUCCACUUCUCUCAACGGCAUUGCUGGAUACUCCGAACUAUAACACUGGACCCAAUGGGGGAGAUGAGACAGGCUGUGGGAAAUUCGCUUUGAGAGCACUAUCGCAAUGUUUGGCCAAGGAAUUUCAGCCCCAGGGAGUGCACGUAGCUCAUGUUAUCAUCGACGGCCUCAUUGGCCCACCCAGGUUGCUUUCUUUUCUUUACAUACACACCUUCAUACCUUUCUUUUCUUUUGGCAGCAUUGCAUACUAAUUCUUUCAUUUCCUAUAUAU